CUUCCUCCGGUCCUCCCUCUCAAAUGGUGUCUACGCCAUUUUGUUUGUUUCUAUAAGUUCAUUACACAUUAGAUAAAUUAGAUUAUAGCUUAUAGCUGACGACUGAGAAAGAGAGAAUUUCUAGCGGUAGGCUAGGCCAGUCGUGUCGUGUGGCACUGUGUAGUGCGUGUGUGUUUGCAUAGGUGUGUGUUAUCGCUGUAUCUCCGCCACGCUCCGCGUUAAUAUAUUUUUUUUUUUUGUCAAGACCCACCGUUGCGCGUCCACUUAGUCUCGAAGAAGAUGUCCAAGCACGACUCAAGCAGGAACGAGUGCCGCAUCUACGUGGGCAAUCUGCCUCCCGACAUACGCACCAAGGACAUCCAGGAUCUGUUUUACAAGUUCGGCAAGGUCGUUUUUGUCGACCUGAAGAACAGGCGUGGUCCGCCUUUCGCCUUCGUCGAGUUUGACGAUCCCAGGGACGCAGAAGAUGCUGUUCACGCCAGAGACGGCUAUGACUACGAUGGUUACAGGCUACGCGUCGAAUUUCCUCGUGGCGGUGGGCCCAGUAGUUUUCGAGGCCGUGGAAGUGACAAUAAUCGAGGUCGCAAUGAUAUGGGCAACUCCAGAAAUAGAGGUCCCCCAGCCAGGAGGUCGCAGUACCGAGUACUCGUUACUGCGCUGCCACCCUCGGGUAGCUGGCAAGACUUGAAGGAUCAUAUGCGCGAGGCUGGCGAUGUUUGUUUCGCUGAUGUGUACAAGGAUGGAACAGGAGUCGUUGAGUUCUUGCGUUACGAGGACAUGAAGUACGCAGUCAAGAAGCUCGACGAUUCUCGUUUUAGAUCGCAUGAGGGCGAAGUAGCUUACAUACGAGUUAAAGAAGACCAUGGAAGUAGUAACGACAGAAAUCGUAGUGAAGAUCGAGACAGAGGUCGCAGCCGCUCACGAAGCUACAGUCCACGUCGCAGAAGCUCGCCGACGUAUUCACCAGUUCGAAAAUAUUCGCGGUCCAGAUCACGUUCCAGAUCUCGCUCGUAUGACUAGAGUGUACGUAUCACGUGAAUGUACUAUGCUCCAUAGUAAAAAAAACCAUCAAGCAAUCUUUUUUUUUCUUUGUAUACAGCGCGUUUCGCUGAUAAUGAUUUUUAUCAGCUAAAAAGCUCCGAGCACUAUUUUAUACUUAAAUAUUCAUUUGCUCGUUAUGUUCUUUUUAUUUUUUGCUCAAUGAGAGCUAUUUGCUGAUACGUUGACCACAGAAUUGUAAGCCUGUUGCGAAUGACUAUAGAAUUUUCGACUGUUUAAAACAAUUUUUUCUUUUUUUUUGUUUUGACUCGUGUUACAUACUUUUUAGUUUUUAUUGAUUCAAUCAAAUAAUCACGUGAACUUCAGUCACUUUGUAUUUUUACAUUAUAAUAAGAUACAUUCCUUUGUACUUACCAAAUUAAUUGCGAAUCAAUCUAAAUUGACAGUGUAAAAAUAAUUUGUUUGUAACGAUUGAUUGCAUGUUUUAUUAGCCUAUGUUCAGUUAAUUAAUUUACAAUUUUUAAUAUGUAUUUGUCUCAUGUACACGCUCAGAUCAUUGGGAAUUUGAAUAAUUAAUAACAAAGUGACUUGUUAGGAGAUAUCACAAGCCCGGAAAAUGUAAAUUUUUUUUUUUCAAACUUUCUUUCAGCCAGUUUAAUCUCAAAGUUGCUUCUAUCUUAUCUUCCGUGAGCUUAAUUCAACAUAUAAAUAGUCGAUAUCUUAGUUUUAAGACUUUUGAAAAUGUAAAAUAAAUUUGAUAAUAAUUAAUAACAAGUUUAUUUGAAAUUUUA